AUGAAAGAGAGUAUUAACACUGAAGAGGGCGAGGCGGACGAUCAUCAAAGUCAGGCAAACAGUGUGACCCAAAGUGGACUGAGUAGUUUGACCCCUAGUGGAGCGCAACGCCUGAACCAGGACGCUCCCCCCACAUGGGCUGUAAUGAACCACCACGUGAGGAUUACCCAACCGAGUAUCCCCAUCAAAGAGAGCGCAAGUGGGCAGAAGAUUUCCCCACUGAACAGCAACUUUCUCAACCCCAGCAAAAAACACACCAUACUAAGGAGCAUAAACACUAUAAGGGAAUGUAUCUGUGCGAAAUGCAGCAUCCCAAAACACUCACUAGGGGGAACAAGACCGACAAUCGAAAUUGAAUCCUCCAUUAAAUCUCCUGUAAUACACUCUUUCCAAGUGAAUGAAAAAAAAAAAAACAAAAUAAAGAACAUCACGUCGAUACAGAUUCCUGCACACAGAAACGUAAGCAACUUUGUUAAGGGAAACCCCCAACAAAUUUUAAAAAAUUACAUUUAUAUGAUAAAUAGUAAAAGGAACAAUUUUUACAUGAACACUGAAUGUACAGAUAAAAAAGGACAGACACAUAAAUUCCCUCAUCAUCUUUUAAAAGAGCGAAUACUGAACUUUAGUAAAAGACCCAGGGACAUCAUUUCAAAGCUAUCGAACAAGUGCAACAGUGGCAAAAUUUUGGAGAAAAAUAAAAAAAAAAUGAAAGUUGAUAAGGAAGAAGAAAAUGAUGAUGUUAUCCUUUUGGACGGAGAUCAAAAUUUACCUUGCCGUUCAGGUGAAAAUGGGCCAAAAAGUAGCAACACGGGAAACAACAAUUUGGUGGAGGGAUACAAUAACGGAAAGAAAAUAGGUGGAAGUAGCACCUUCAAUUAUUUGAAAACCCCCCUUGCAAUGAAACGGAAAAAGAGUAGCAUUAGCGUCAGAAGGAACAGCAUAGCAAUCGCAGGUGCGGGCAUAAAAAAUAAACAAUGUGGCGCAAACCGCACGAAUGGAGAAAAAUGGGACAGUGUAAAAAGUGCGUCGUUUAAAAAGAUUUUUAGUGCGGAGGAGGCGCCAAGUAUAAAACUGAAUUACGACAAUAAUUUCAGCGGCAUGGAGAAGAAGGAAGAACAAAAGGUGAAGGACUUCUACUGCAAGUUUUACAAAUGUACACAGGCAGCGCAAAGGGGAAGUGAGACAUACCCAGACAGUGUCAACGACUCCGCAAACAUGCAAACUUCCUGUUUACGAACACUCGAUGCGCCGUCCAAAUAUUGCAAAUCGUGCAGGAAAUUUUUAAAGCUUCUCAUAUCGCACGGUACCAAGUACAAAGGGACGUUAGUAGGCAUAAACUUUAUCCGCCCAGACGCACAAAACCUUUUAUACACGUACAAGUGCAAUAAACAACACGAAUUCAACCUGUCGCUCUUUCACAUCAUGCACAAUUUGUGGUGCCCGCAUGAUUAUUGCCUGUUCGAGUGUAAGGGCAAGCACCAGAAAAACUACGCGACUGAGUUUUUUCGCCUCAAAGAGUUGGACACCAUGGAAAAGCAGAGGGACCUGUUUUUGCAGGCUAAAGUGUUUUGCCGCAUCAAUCCGGAGAAUGCCUUGCCAGACAGCAGCGAGAACGCCGGCGCAGAAUGCACCGAUGAUGUUGAGAGGAUUAUAAGGAACGCCAACGACCCGUGGAAAGUUCUCCAGAUCAAGAAAUUGUCCAAAAUGGACUUGUGUGACAAGGAGUUAAAAAGGAAAGUACGAAAAAAUUACCGCGCCCUGGCCCUGAAGAUUCACCCCGAUAAGAACAAAAGUAAAAAUGCCACGUUAGCUAUGAACAUUUUAACUAACUCGAUGAAGGCAAUAACAUCCGCGUACCAGCAUGUUUGA